UGACAGACAUGAACAGACAGGUCGGAUACAUGGCAGACCUGCACUCAUGGGGCAGGGCUGAUUUGGGUACAGUUGCUGUUCUGUAAUGGCCUGUUUUCUAGAUGGUACAAGUUGCCACCUGCAGCUGACAAUUAAAUCAUGGCCUCUAGCAGUUUACCUAAAGCACACAGCCAUGAAAUGUGCUGCAGGACUGUUGAAAUGGGAUCAAUUGUGGGUACAUUUCUAGGAAAUUGGAUGUGUUUAGUUGUGUAAUUAUAGUUUUGACACUUGUGUGUUUCUGAGAAGGAAAAAAACAAUUUUCUUCCAUGUUUUUAGUGUUUUCUAAAAUAAAAACAAUUUUAAAGAGAUGAAAACUCUAUGAAGUAUCCCUCUUUUAGUACACUCCUGCAUCUGCUUUGAUUCUGUUUGUGGCGCUUUUCCCCUGAGAGCAGAUGAGACACCUGUCUCAUGCUGCAGCCUUGUUUGCCGCCUGCUCCGGUGAGAGCUUCCUAAACUUCUCCGAGCCGUCACAAAGGAUGGAUAUCAGAGGCUUUGCUCUCGGAUUCUGUGCCCUUUUUUGUCUUCACGGAUCCGUCUCGGCUGUAUCCACCUGCAAACUGAAGGCCAAGUUCAACCUGAACAGCUACAAAGAUGUGGAGAAGAAGAAGGUCGUUAUUGGAGGAAUGUUUCCAGUUCACAAACGCAUCGCCUCCAAUGAUGGGAACACUUCCAGGGUGCCUGUGUCCUCAGGAUGUGAAGGAUUUAACUUCCGUACCUUCCGCUGGACCCAGACCAUGCUGUUUGCCAUCGAUGAAAUUAACAGGAGGACCGACCUGCUGCCCAACACCAACCUCGGUUACGUCAUCUACGACUCCUGCUUCACCAUCUCCAAGGCGGUGGAGGGGACUCUGACCUACCUGACGGGCCAAGACGAGGCAGUACCCAACUACCGCUGCGGUAACGGGCCUCCUCUCGCUGCCCUCGUGGGCGCUGGUGGCUCCGACCUGUCCAUUGCCACGGCCAGAAUACUUGGCCUUUACCAUUUCCCUCAGGUCAGUUAUUCCUCAACGUGCUCCGCUUUGAACAACAAAUUCCAGUUUCCCACCUUCCUGAGGACCAUUCCCAAUGACCAGCACCAGUCCACAGCUAUGGCCCAGAUGGUGCUCCACUUUGGCUGGACAUGGGUGGGCAUCAUAGCUGCAGAGGACGAUUACGGCAAGUAUGGCAUCAAAGAUUUCAAGGAGCAGGUGGAGGAAGCUGGUGUGUGCAUCUCCUUUUCUGAGACCCUGCCAAAGGUGAGUUCCCCUGCAGCCAUCCAGAGCGUUGUUCAAACUGUAGUUGAGUCCACAGCCAAGAUUAUUGUGGUGUUCUCGUCAGACGUGGACCUCAGUCCGCUCAUCUCUGAGCUACUUCGUCACAAUGUCACCAACCGCACCUGGAUCGCCAGCGAGGCCUGGAUUACCUCUGCUCUCAUCAACCAGCCAGGGGUGAGCCCAGUGUUAGCUGGAACUCUGGGUUUUGGGGUGAAGAGGGCUGAGAUACCUGGACUUCAGCGCCAUCUGCUGGAUCUGGAUCCAUUCGCUGACCCACUCACUGAGGAAUUCUGGGAGACGUUGUUUAAUUGCACGCUGGACUAUGGCAAAGCUCUGAGAUUGGCCCGAGAGGUGAACAGCACUUUGUCCAGAGCGGGGGUACCUGAUGGGUUAUGUACUGGGACCGAGUCUGUGGCUCAGCUUGGAAACACCUACUCCGAUGUUUCCCAGUUACGAAUCACUUACAGUGUUUACAAAGCCGUGUAUGCCGUGGCCCACGCCCUGCACCAUCUUGAGCACUGCGAACCAGGAAACGGGCCCUUUGUGGGGAAAAGCUGUGCAGACAUCACCAACUUUGAGCCGUGGCAGCUGAUGUACUACCUGAAGAACGUGCACUUCAAAGUGCCGAACACAGACGAGGACAUCUACUUUGUCGACGGGGACAUAGAGGGCUACUAUGACAUCAUUAACUGGCAGCUUGGAGGUGACGGGGAGAUAUCCUAUGUCACUGUGGGCCACUAUAAUGGAUCCGCAGCUCCAGAGGACAGACUGCACAUAAGGAAUGACUCCAUUGUCUGGAACAAUGACGCGUCAACGCCUCCGCGGUCAGUGUGCAGCGAGAACUGCCAGCCCGGCACCAGAAAGGGGAUCCGGCAGGGGGAGCCCGUCUGCUGCUUCGACUGCAUCCCGUGUGCCGAUGGAGAAAUCAGCAACACCACCAAUGCUCGAGAAUGCGUCCUGUGCAGCGGUGAUUUCUGGUCCAACGACGCCCACGAUGCCUGCGUGCCCAAAAUCAUAGAGUUCUUGGCUUUUGGAGAACCCCUGGGAAUCACCCUCAUAGUCAUUGCUGCAUUCGGAGCUUUACUCACCAUCGCUGUUGGGGUUGUUUUAAUUCUGAACAUUAACACUCCUCUGGUCAAGGCCAAUGACGCUUUGUUGAGCUUCUCGCUGCUCUUCUCCUUGAUGGUGACCUUCCUUUGCUCCAUCGUUUUCCUGGGAGAGCCUCAGCACUGGAGCUGCAUGACAAGUCAAGUAGCUUUAGCUCUGGGGUUUGCUCUCUGCCUUUCCUCCAUCAUGGGUAGGUCACCAGAAGAAGUUGAACUACUUUUCUCUUUGAACAUCGAUUUUAGCUUCAUGACUAUAUUCGAAUCAACUUUAAACUCAAUUUUCAGGUUUUUUUGGUAACCUUUCUCCAUUUUGGUUCAGGCCGUAGCGUGCACGGUGUGGCUCAUCAUCCUCCCUCCACACCCCGUCAAGAACACCUCGGCUCAGAACAUCAAGAUUAUUCUUGAGUGCGACGAAGGCUCCAUCGUCUUCAUUUGUUGCAUCUUUGCAUAUGACAUUGUACUGGCUCUACUGGCUUUUGUCUUCGCCUUCAUCGCUCGGAAACUCGAGGACCACUUCAGUGAGGCUAAAUGCGUGACCUUCGGGAUGCUGGUCUUCUUCAUCGUGUGGAUCUCCUUUGUCCCGGCCUACCUCAGCACGAGGGGCAAGUUCAUGGUUGCUGUCCAGAUUUUUGCUAUCCUGGCCUCCAGCUUUGGCCUGCUGUUCUGCAUCUUCCUCCCCAAGUGCUACAUCCUUUUGGUGAAACCCGAACGCAACAAGGAGGAGAUGAUGAAGCCUCGACCCAAACCGCGUGACGGUACAGCCACUGGGACCUCAGCCUCCCUCGCCACAGCUGCUACGGAGAUCAAUGCAUCCUUUGCAUCCACUGCUGUCGACGAUCAGGAGAAAAAUAACUAAUUACAAUACAUUGUUCAGAAAAUCAUUUGGUAUCCUAUAGGUAAAAUCUGUGAUUCAAAAAAUGCAAAGUUAUUUUAAGACUUAGAGUAAGUCCUCUUAAGAUUAAUAGAUGUCUGUACUUGAAGAACAGAUCAAAUCUUUUCCUUUAGUAUCACUGUAACAUAUUUUCUUUUCAAAAAAUAAACAUAUUUUAGCGUUU